GCCGGGGGUCCGGAGCGCGUGAGGGGUAACAGGGAUAGAGCUCAGUUCGGUUUCCGGCGCGCGUGGGAACAGUGUAACUCUGAGGAGCUUUGAUCUACUGUACAUCUAACGCAGCUAUGCAGUUGCAGGAGUGGUUACAUUCCCUUUGUCUCGGCGGCGGAGACUUAAGGAGCACUGAAGUAGGAGAUCUCCGGAGUCUGCUCCCCUCGCUGGCGCUCUCUCCUCCCUCUCUCCUCGGGCUCGGCGCUGUGGCCUCGCUCACGGCCUACUGGCUGGUGACCCGACCUCGCUCCAUCCGGCCACCAUGUGACCUGAAGGCUCAGUCUGUUCCUGUGCAGGGAGACGCCAGUUGCAGACGGUCCGCCUUGCUGAAGGACGAUAACCUACUAGACUUCUACUAUGAAGAUACAAAGACGGUGUAUGACAUGUUUCAGAGAGGCCUGAGGAUCUCAGGUGGCGGGCCGUGCCUCGGCUUCAGGAAACCUGGGAAGCCCUACGAGUGGAUCUCCUACACCGAGGUGGCAGAGAGGGCACAGGUGCUGGGCUCAGGUCUGCUGGCCAAAGGAUGCAAACCUACUCCUAAACAAUUCGUUGGGAUCUUUGCCCAGAACAGGCCAGAGUGGGUUAUUACAGAGUUGGCCUGCUACACCUUCUCCAUGGCAUUAGUGCCUCUGUAUGAAACACUGGGGCUGGAGGCGAUGGUGCACAUCCUCAACCUGGUGGAGAUCUCCCUGGUGGUCUGUGAUAAAGAGGAAAAAGCCGAGUCUCUGUUGUUGAACAAGGAGAAUGGCAUGAUUCCUACUCUGUCCUGUCUGGUGCUCAUUAACCCUGUGAGCGCCGCUCUGGUGGAGAGAGGGAGGAACUGCGGUGUGGAGAUUCUGCAGCUCGAACAGCUAAUGGACAUCGGGAGGGAAAAUCUCCAGGCUCCAGUACCUCCUCAGCCUGAGGACCUGGCUGUGGUGUGUUUCACCAGUGGAACUACAGGAAAGCCAAAAGGAGCCAUGAUCACACACGGCAACAUCGCCUCCAACACCUCCUCCGUCAUUAAGAUUCUGGAGGGCUUCUUCGAGAUUCGCCAGGAGGACGUGUCGAUCUCGUACCUGCCCCUGGCUCACAUGUUCGAGCGCAUGAUUCAGGUGUCUAUGUUCUGUCACGGCGCGCGAGUGGGCUUCUACCAGGGCGACAUCUCGCUGCUCAUGGACGACAUUAAAACUCUGAAGCCCACCUUCUUCCCCGUGGUGCCCCGCCUACUCAACCGCAUCUACGACAAGAUCCAGGGUUCGGUGACAUCCGUGUUGAAGAGGGCCAUCCUACACUACGCUGUGAGCAGGAAACAGGCCGAGCUGAGCAGUGGAAUCGUCCGGAAUGACAGCGUGUGGGACAGACUGGUCUUCCGCAAGAUACAGGCCAGUCUGGGAGGAAACCUGCGCUUCAUCCUGACCGCUUCAGCUCCCAUCUCGCCCACAGUGCUGUCCUUCCUCCGAGCUGCCCUCGGCUGCCUGAUAUUCGAGGGCUACGGUCAGACCGAGUGCACGGCAGGCUGUACGUUCUCUAUGCCCGGAGACUGGAGCGCAGGCCACGUUGGUGCUCCUCUACCUUGUUCCAUGGUGAAGCUGGCCGACAUCCCGGACAUGAACUAUUAUGCCAAGAACGGACAGGGAGAGAUCUGUAUCCGGGGACCCAGUAUAUUCCAAGGUUACCUGAGGGACGAAGAGAGGACGGCCGAGGCUCUGGACAGUGACGGCUGGCUGCACACCGGGGAUGUGGGACAGUGGCUGCCGAAUGGGACUCUUCGGAUCAUUGACAGAAAGAAGAACAUCUUUAAACUGUCUCAGGGAGAGUACAUCGCUCCAGAGAAGAUCGAGAACGUCUACAUGCGCAGUGUACCUGUGCUGCAGGUGUUUGUGCACGGAGACAGUCUACAGUCUUUUCUGAUAGGUAUUGUGGUCCCAGACCCUGAAGUGUUUGUCAACUGGGCCAAAGAGAGAGGCAUUGUGGGAUCGUAUGAAGAGCUCUGCCAGAAUCCUGACGUGAAGAAAGCUGUACUGGAGGACAUGACUGCUGUGGGGAAGGAAGCAGGACUAAAGUCUUUUGAGCAGGUGAAGGAUUUGUAUCUGCACCCCGAACUGUUCAGCAUCAGCAACGGCCUCCUCACUCCCACCCUGAAAAGCAAACGAAUCGACCUGCGCCGCGUCUUCAGCGAGCAGAUCGCGCACAUGUACAGCACAUCAGCCAUGUAGUGCCAGGUGUUUGAUUAAUAACAUCCUUAGCUAACUGUAGAAUCCCUGCUGAACUGGAAAUGCUCCAGCGAUCAUAAGCUAGAUAGUGCGCAGGAAAUUCUACUGGGGACGCACACAAGUCAGUACAUGCUGUCUGACAUGCUGGAUCAAUCGCUUUGACCUUUGACCCUGGAAAUCAAAGAUUCUUAAACACUAUCGCAAUCGUCCGGAAACAAUGACGUCCAUGUCCUGCUGCUGUAACAAAUUAAUUACUACUAGUUUUUAAUCUCAUCAUUUUUUUUUUUUAUCAUUUUUUUAUUUAGUUAAAAGCAAAAAGUUUGAUCGUUCAAGACUUGAUCUGGGGACUGUGCGAAAUGGACAAUGCUAAUUUCUCACCGUAGGAGCAUAAUUCUGUAUGUAAUUUAUGCAGCGUGUAUUAUAAAGCAAACAUUUGAACUGUAAAUGUAGACUUUUGUGAGCUGUACAUAUUGAAUAUUAAAAGUGCAGAUUCUGAAAAUAUUUCACUAAUUCCAGCCAGGUUAGAGAUGUACUGUAAUGUAAUGUAAUGUAUUUUAUAUUUGUUGUCUCUUAUCGAGCAGAUGAAUAAAGAGAAAUACAUUUUA